ACAGUCGGCUUAGAUUUGUCAAAAAGCUAUCAAUAAAAGUGCAGAGUUCCGAUAAAAAUAGUUAUUGUGCAAAUAUUAUUGAGUUUUAGUGCUAUUUAAGUGGCAAAACCAGAAGGAAAACCCACCUGUGAGGUUAGAUCGUAAAGUGAGGAGCUCAAGAUGGCUCUUCCACCUUACAUGAUACCGCCGAAUUCGUGGGCAGCGCAGCUGAUGGCCCAACAGCAGGCCUUUGCAGCUGUCCACGCUCAACAGCAGGCAUUCAGUGCCCAGCAAAUCCCACCAGCAGGUCAGAUGCCCCCACAGGCUCCGCCAGGUAUAACACCUCCAGGGCCUCUGCCGCCCAAGAUGUCAGUUCCUCCUCCUCAGAAAGUGGACAUAAUGACAGAAGAGAAGCUACAGGAAAAGGCUCUGAAGUGGCAACAGUUGCAGUCCAAGAGAUUCGCGGAGAAGCGAAAGUUUGGCUUUGUGGAUGCUCAGAAGGAAGAUAUGCCACCUGAGCACAUUCGCAAGAUCAUCCGGGAUCAUGGGGAUAUGACUAGCAGGAAGUACAGGCAUGAUAAAAGGGUGUACUUGGGAGCUCUCAAGUACAUGCCACAUGCAGUGAUGAAGCUCCUUGAGAAUAUGCCCAUGCCCUGGGAACAGAUUCGAGAUGUUCCUGUGCUCUAUCACAUCACAGGAGCUAUUACGUUUGUCAAUGAGAUUCCGUGGGUGAUUGAGCCGGUAUACAUUGCACAGUGGGGCACAAUGUGGAUCAUGAUGAGGCGAGAGAAACGCGAUCGUCGACACUUCAAACGAAUGCGAUUUCCGCCGUUUGACGAUGAGGAACCACCACUUGAUUAUGCAGACAAUGUGCUGGAUGUUGAACCAUUGGAAGCCAUUCAGAUUGAAUUGGACGCCGAUGAAGAUGGAAGUGUUCACAAUUGGUUCUAUGAUCACAAAGCUCUACUGGGAACACAACACGUCAAUGGAUCCACGUACAGAAAGUGGAACUUAACUCUACCCCAAAUGGCCACACUCUAUCGUUUGGCCAAUCAAUUGCUCACUGAUCUUGUAGAUGAGAAUUUCUUCUAUCUCUUUGAUCCAAAGAGUUUCUUCACGGCCAAAGCCCUCAAUAUGGCCAUUCCGGGAGGGCCAAAAUUUGAACCAUUGAUCAAGGAUCACAAUGUUGGUGAUGAUGAUUGGAAUGAGUUCAAUGACAUCAACAAGAUCAUUAUCCGUCAGCCAAUUCGGACAGAGUAUCGCAUUGCAUUUCCCUAUCUCUACAACAAUAUGCCACAUUUCGUGCAUUUAUCAUGGUACCAUGCUCCGAAUGUGGUGUUUAUCAAGACAGAAGAUCCCGAUUUGCCAGCUUUCUACUUUGAUCCUCUCAUCAAUCCGAUUUCGCAUCGUCAUUCUGUCAAAUUUGUGGAGCCUCUUCCAGAGGAUGAUGAAGAAUAUUUACUGCCAGAAGAGGUGCAACCCUUCUUGCAGGAUACUCCUUUGUAUACAGAUAAUACAGCUAAUGGAAUUUCUCUAUUGUGGGCACCGCGUCCUUUUAAUAUGAGAUCUGGACGUACUCGACGUGCCAUUGAUAUUCCGUUGGUGAAGGGCUGGUACAAGGAACACUGUCCACCGGGACAUUCGGUUAAAGUUCGUGUGAGCUAUCAGAAAUUGCUCAAGUACUAUGUUCUCAAUGCCUUGAAGCAUCGUCGGCCAAAGCCACAGAAAAAGAGAUAUCUGUUUAGAUCGUUCAAAGCAACAAAAUUCUUCCAGACCACAACCCUAGAUUGGGUUGAGGCGGGACUACAGGUUUGUCGUCAAGGGUAUAAUAUGCUCAAUUUGUUGAUUCACCGGAAGAAUUUGAAUUACUUGCAUUUGGACUAUAAUUUUAAUUUGAAACCGGUAAAGACACUAACAACGAAGGAGAGAAAGAAAAGUCGUUUUGGGAAUGCCUUUCAUUUGUGUCGAGAGAUUUUGCGUCUGACUAAAUUGAUUAUUGAUUCACAUGUUCAGUACAGAUUGAACAAUGUUGAUGCUUUUCAACUAGCCGAUGGACUUCAGUAUAUUUUUGCUCAUGUUGGUCAAUUGACUGGAAUGUAUCGGUAUAAGUACAAGUUGAUGAGACAGAUUAGAAUGUGCAAAGAUCUCAAGCAUCUGAUCUACUAUCGAUUCAAUACUGGGCCAGUUGGUAAGGGACCUGGAUGUGGUUUUUGGGCACCAGGAUGGCGUGUUUGGUUGUUCUUUAUGCGCGGCAUUACGCCAUUGUUGGAGAGAUGGUUGGGUAAUUUGCUGUCGAGACAGUUUGAGGGCAGACACUCCAAAGGAAUUGCCAAGACAGUGACAAAACAGCGAGUUGAAUCGCAUUUUGAUCUUGAAUUGAGAGCAUCAGUGAUGCAUGAUAUUGUUGAUAUGAUGCCCGAGGGGAUUAAGCAGAACAAAGCAAGGACAAUUUUGCAGCAUUUGUCAGAGGCUUGGAGAUGUUGGAAGGCAAAUAUUCCAUGGAAAGUUCCUGGAUUGCCGAUUCCCAUUGAAAAUAUGAUUUUGCGUUAUGUCAAAAUGAAGGCUGAUUGGUGGACAAAUACCGCUCACUACAAUCGUGAGAGAAUCAGGAGGGGUGCAACUGUGGACAAAACGGUGUGUAAGAAGAAUUUGGGACGUUUGACACGGUUGUAUUUGAAGGCUGAACAAGAGAGGCAACACAAUUAUCUCAAAGAUGGACCCUACAUUUCGCCCGAAGAAGCUGUUGCCAUCUACACAACGACAGUUCAUUGGUUGGAAUCGAGACGAUUUGCACCAAUUCCCUUUCCUCCUCUGUCCUACAAACAUGACACGAAACUUUUGAUUUUAGCCCUUGAACGCCUCAAGGAGGCAUACAGUGUCAAAUCCAGGUUGAAUCAGAGUCAACGUGAAGAAUUGGGUUUGAUUGAGCAAGCUUACGAUAAUCCCCAUGAAGCUCUCUCGAGAAUCAAACGUCAUUUGCUGACACAGAGAGCCUUUAAAGAAGUUGGAAUUGAAUUUAUGGAUCUCUAUAGUCAUCUUAUUCCAGUCUAUGAUGUUGAGCCCCUGGAGAAGAUUACUGAUGCUUACCUAGAUCAGUAUCUGUGGUAUGAAGCGGAUAAACGUCGUCUGUUUCCACCAUGGGUAAAACCAAGUGAUACAGAACCUCCACCGUUGUUGGUCUACAAAUGGUGUCAGGGUAUCAAUAAUCUUCAUGAAGUUUGGGAUGUGUCUGAGGGUGAAUGCAAUGUUCUCCUUGAAUCGCGCUUUGAGAAGCUCUAUGAGAAAAUUGAUUUGACACUACUCAACAGACUUCUUAGGCUCAUUGUAGAUCACAAUAUUGCUGAUUACAUGACAGCCAAGAACAACGUUGUGAUCAACUACAAGGAUAUGAAUCACACUAACAGUUACGGAAUCAUCAGGGGCCUUCAAUUUGCUUCCUUUAUUGCUCAGUACUAUGGAUUGGUGCUGGAUCUCUUGGCACUGGGAUUGCAGAGAGCCAGUGAAAUGGCUGGACCUCCGCAGAUGCCCAAUGAUUUUCUCACCUUUCAAGAUACGAAGAUCGAGACAUGUCAUCCCAUUCGGCUCUACUGUCGAUACGUCGAUCGCAUUCAUUUGUUCUUCAGAUUUACAGCAGAGGAGGCCAAAGACCUCAUCCAACGCUAUCUCACUGAACAUCCGGAUCCCAAUAAUGAAAAUAUCGUGGGAUACAAUAAUAAAAAAUGUUGGCCACGUGAUGCUCGUAUGCGUCUCAUGAAGCACGAUGUAAAUUUGGGCAGAGCUGUCUACUGGGACAUUAAGAAUCGUCUGCCCAGAUCUGUAACCACUAUCAAUUGGGAGAAUACUUUUGUGUCUGUAUACUCCAAGGAUAAUCCCAAUCUUUUGUUCAAUAUGAGUGGCUUUGAGUGUAGAAUUUUGCCAAAGUGUCGGACACAGCAUGAGGAAUUUACACAUCGCGAUGGUGUGUGGAAUUUGCAGAAUGAAGUGACAAAGGAGAGAACAGCUCAGUGUUUUUUGCGUGUCGAUGAUGAAUCCCUGGGCAGAUUUCACAAUCGUGUUCGGCAGAUUUUGAUGGCAUCGGGAUCGACAACUUUUACAAAAAUUGUCAAUAAAUGGAAUACUGCUCUUAUUGGUUUGAUGACGUAUUUCCGUGAGGCUGUGGUCAAUACUCAAGAAUUGCUGGAUUUAUUGGUGAAGUGUGAGAAUAAAAUUCAGACAAGAAUUAAAAUUGGUCUGAAUUCCAAAAUGCCUUCGAGAUUUCCACCUGUGGUAUUUUAUACGCCUAAAGAAUUGGGUGGUUUGGGAAUGUUGAGCAUGGGACACGUUUUGAUUCCUCAAUCUGAUCUCAGGUGGUCAAAACAGACGGAUGUUGGUAUAACACAUUUUCGUUCGGGCAUGUCACAUGAUGAAGAUCAAUUGAUUCCCAAUCUCUAUCGAUACAUUCAACCGUGGGAGAGUGAAUUUAUUGAUUCUCAGAGAGUUUGGGCAGAAUAUGCACUAAAGAGGCAAGAAGCUAAUGCUCAGAAUCGUCGAUUGACCCUUGAGGAUCUCGAGGAUAGUUGGGAUCGGGGAAUUCCGAGGAUUAAUACACUUUUCCAAAAGGACAGGCAUACGUUGGCCUAUGAUAAGGGUUGGCGUAUCCGAACGGAAUUUAAGCAAUUUCAAGUGUUGAAACAAAAUCCUUUCUGGUGGACACAUCAGCGUCAUGAUGGAAAAUUGUGGAAUUUGAAUAAUUACCGAACGGAUAUGAUUCAGGCUCUUGGUGGCGUUGAAGGUAUUCUGGAACAUACGCUAUUUAAGGGAACAUACUUCCCAACGUGGGAGGGAUUGUUCUGGGAGAAGGCGUCUGGAUUUGAGGAAUCGAUGAAGUACAAAAAAUUGACAAAUGCCCAAAGAUCAGGUCUCAAUCAGAUUCCAAAUCGUCGUUUCACCCUUUGGUGGUCACCAACUAUCAAUCGUGCCAAUGUUUAUGUGGGAUUCCAGGUGCAAUUGGAUCUUACGGGUAUUUUUAUGCAUGGUAAAAUUCCCACAUUGAAAAUUUCCCUGAUUCAAAUCUUUCGUGCUCAUUUGUGGCAGAAGAUUCAUGAGUCCAUUGUGAUGGAUUUGUGUCAGGUAUUUGAUCAGGAAUUGGAUGCAUUGGAAAUUGAGACGGUCCAGAAAGAAACCAUACAUCCACGAAAAUCUUACAAAAUGAAUUCAUCCUGUGCAGAUAUUCUACUAUUUCCAGCCUACAAAUGGAAUGUGUCUAGGCCAUCACUUCUGGCUGAUACAAAAGACACCAUGGACAAUACUACAACACAAAAAUACUGGAUUGACGUUCAGCUGAGAUGGGGUGAUUAUGAUUCGCACGAUAUUGAACGAUAUGCAAGGGCAAAAUUCCUCGAUUACACCACGGACAACAUGUCCAUCUAUCCAUCACCAACGGGUGUUUUGAUUGCCAUUGAUUUGGCCUACAACCUUCAUUCGGCCUUUGGAAAUUGGUUUCCAGGCUGUAAGCCACUCAUACAGCAGGCCAUGUCGAAAAUCAUGAAAGCCAAUCCGGCUCUGUAUGUGCUGCGUGAACGAAUCCGCAAAGCACUACAGUUGUACAGUUCAGAACCAACAGAACCCUAUUUAUCAUCUCAGAACUAUGGUGAACUCUUCUCCAAUCAGAUCAUUUGGUUUGUGGAUGACACCAAUGUCUACCGAGUGACCAUUCACAAGACAUUCGAGGGUAAUUUGACUACAAAGCCCAUCAACGGAGCCAUUUUCAUCUUCAAUCCACGCACGGGGCAACUCUUUCUGAAAAUCAUCCAUACUUCCGUAUGGGCAGGACAGAAGCGUUUGGGGCAGUUGGCCAAGUGGAAGACAGCCGAAGAAGUUGCUGCUCUCAUUAGAUCGUUACCGGUUGAAGAACAGCCCAAGCAGAUUAUUGUGACGAGGAAGGGCAUGCUGGAUCCGUUGGAGGUGCAUCUUCUAGAUUUCCCCAAUAUCGUCAUCAAAGGUUCUGAACUGCAAUUGCCCUUCCAGGCAUGCUUGAAAGUGGAGAAAUUUGGAGAUUUGAUUCUCAAAGCAACAGAACCUCAAAUGGUUCUAUUCAAUCUCUAUGAUGAUUGGUUAAAGACCAUUUCAUCCUACACAGCCUUCUCACGUUUGAUUCUCAUCCUCCGUGCCCUGCACGUCAAUACUGAACGCACCAAAGUGAUUCUGAAGCCAGACAAGACCACAAUUACUGAAGCCCAUCACAUUUGGCCAACAUUGACAGAUGAAGAAUGGAUCAAGGUGGAGAUUCAGUUGAAGGAUCUCAUUUUGGCUGACUAUGGAAAGAAAAAUAAUGUCAAUGUAGCUUCAUUGACACAAUCUGAGAUCAGGGAUAUUAUAUUGGGCAUGGAGAUUUCUGCUCCAUCGGCACAGAGGCAACAGAUAGCUGAAAUUGAAAAGCAGACAAAAGAACAGAGUCAAUUGACGGCUACGACAACACGAACGACCAACAAACAUGGUGAUGAAAUUAUAACAUCAACAACAUCUAAUUACGAGAAUCAGACAUUCAGUUCGAAGACUGAGUGGCGAGUGAGGGCAAUUUCAGCGACAAAUCUCCAUCUCAGAACCAAUCACAUUUACGUGAGUUCUGAUGAUAUCAAAGAAACAGGAUACACGUACAUCUUGCCUAAGAAUGUUCUCAAGAAAUUUGUCACGAUAUCAGAUUUGAGAGCACAAAUUGCUGGUUAUUUGUAUGGAGUUUCUCCACCAGAUAAUCCUCAGGUUAAAGAGAUUCGCUGUAUUGUGAUGCCGCCACAAUGGGGCACCCAUCAAACCAUCAACUUGCCCAAUCAGUUGCCAUCGCACCAGUAUUUGCGUGAUAUGGAACCAUUGGGUUGGAUUCAUACGCAACCCAAUGAAUUGCCACAACUCUCACCUCAGGACAUCACGACACAUGCCAAAGUCAUGUCUGAGAAUCCUACGUGGGACGGUGAGAAGACUAUCAUCAUAACAUGUUCAUUUACUCCUGGCUCUUGUUCGCUGACAGCUUACAAAUUGACUCCGUCGGGCUUUGAGUGGGGCGCUAAGAAUACUGAUAAAGGAAACAAUCCAAAAGGCUACUUACCCAGUCACUAUGAACGUGUGCAAAUGCUGCUGUCUAACAAAUUUCUGGGCUUCUUUAUGGUACCGGCCCAGGGCAGUUGGAAUUACAAUUUUAUGGGUGUUCGCCAUGAUGCCAAUAUGAAGUAUGAACUGCAAUUGGCGAAUCCCAAGGAAUUCUAUCACGAAAUCCAUCGACCAUCGCAUUUUCUGCUGUUCUCAAACUUGGAAGAUGGCACUGAUGGCAUUGGAGCUGAUCGAGAGGAUCAUUUCUCCUGAAUUACUUAAUGUAGAUGUUUCCCAUAAGCAUCCGUAUCCUCACUGGGCACCACUUUGGCGUAUGCGAAAUCCAUCUGUAAAUUACAAAUAUAUAGCCAAGAAACAAAGCUUCGACUGGCCUUCGGCCAGUUUCAGGGCCAUUUAUUUUGCCAUUUAUUUUGAGGAACGUUGUUGUAUCCAUGUAUCCUUUUUCGUUGAAAAAUGUGACUGAUUCCUCGAAAGAAAUUUUCAUAUAUUCUGGAUGAUUCCUUUUUCUUGGAAAUGUUGGUUAAUGCUUCUCUUGAUGCACUAACAAAUGCGCAGAUCGUCGAUUGGAUCAGCAAUUGUGCUAACUGAAUUUGCUUUGUGCCAGCAUUCGUUUCAAAUGCCGUGCAGCGAUGCUUUGCUUGUGAAUGCAGACACAAAGCAAAUUCAGUUAGCACAGUUGCUGAUACAAUCGACGAGAUAGUGAUUGAUUUCUGUUGUCAAACAUUUUCCAAAUUAGAGGGUCAAAAAGAACACUAAGGAGGAAGUGGGGCUCCUUUGAAAGUGGGGCACCUUUGAAAUUGAAAUUUUUCACCUAUUUUUUUUUUUUUUAAUAAAAUUGAGUCUUAUCGUAAUUUAACUUAGGUGCAAAAACAGAUUGAGAACCUAAAUUAUAUCACGAUAAGGCUUAAUUUUAUUUAAAAAUAGGUGAAAAAUCCCAAUUUCAAAGGUGCCCCACUUCCCCCUACCAUUGAGCAGUCCAUUCUGUUGAAUGUGAAGAGAAGGUGUAUCCCAACAAAAACAAAAUAUCGGGGCCAGUUGAUUUUUUUAGCGUUACUCAAAGUGUAUUGGAGUUCAAACAUUGAAAAGGGAAUUUUCAGUUCAGAAGUGCUGUGGCUAUAGGGACAGUAUUGGACACUGCUAAACUAUUUUUUGUAUAACUGAUACAACGGUCAAAUGUGGAGCUCAGAGGCGAAAUGGUACAUAUCCUAUGCUUUAGCCAUAGGAUAUGUUCCAUUUUGCUUCUAAGCUCCACAAAUGAGAAUCACUGGAAGUUUCUUCGAAUGUUACUUCUAAGUCACUGAUCUCGUCUUCUAUGGAGUACGCAGAGUUUCUUAAAUACCACUUCUCUGAUAGUGUAAGGUUUGAUGUGGAUACCACCCUCCCUUCGAACGUUGAUACCUUCGAAUAAUGUGAAUUUUCCUUAAUUUUUCCUAUGAGACUUACACAUUUCUAUAAAAUAUUAGUCAACUUGUUAUUAAUUAUUGAUUAUUAUGUUAAAGACUCUUAGGAGAAAUAAAAGAAAUUCACAUUAGAAGGCACGAACGUUCGAAGGGAGAGUACUUUCCCCUACCUGAAUUUUUUUUUUGAUUUUCUCCUAAACGGUUUUGGGAGUGUCUUUUGGGAUACUGCUAAUAUACUGCUUUCAGCUUUAGCUCUGUUAAUCCAUGUGAAUUUUCGCUUAGGAAAUCAACAGUUCUAAAAAAUAUAUAUGAAACUAAAUUGAAUUAUGGGUUAGGCGUAAGUUUUCCCUAGUGUUUCAAAGUGCAAACCAUUAUUAUCGUCCAUUCUGAUGCUCUUUGUUGGGGACGGAGCAAGUAAAUGGAAUGGUUUUGUUCAGGGCAGAGCGAAUUGAAAACGUUUCCGUUCAGAUUCAAAUGUUCAUUUAACUUUUAACAGCUCUUUGAGUGGAUAAACCUCACAGAAAAUUCAUAAUAGAAGAUUCCGUAAAUCGUGUUUUCUUUUUCAAAUCGUAUCCAUAUUGAAGAAAAUUAUUGAAAAUAUUGUUCAUAAUCCGAAACCUUCUAAAAUUAUUCUAUUAUUGGGAAACUUAUAGUUAAAAAAAACUGUUUGAGAUAAAAAAUUUAGUGUAAAUAAAAAUAUAAAAAUAAAAA